AAUGACUACAGUAGAGCCCCACAUCUUGCAUGCGCACAGCCUUGUUGACUUCCUUCAAGGCAGCUCUGUGACUUCCACUUUUGAGCACCACAAGAAGGCUCAUCUAGAGGACCAGAAAGUGCAGCAUGAAACUUUCUCAGUAGUAAUCAACGGAAAUGAAGUCGAAGGGAUUGACAGGUCAAUGAAGGAUCUGAGGGACAAAGUCAAAGAUGAACAUGUGAAUAAGCUCCAUAGACUCAACAAGGAAAUUUUUAGAGUCACUGAGGAAAAAGAUUUUGGGUGGCUGAUAAAGCACCUGAUGAGCCCAAUAAGUGCUCUCAAGGGUUGCCAGAUUAACUUCCCCGAAACUAUAUUUAUCAAAGAUUCCUCAGCUACUAAAGGGGAAGGAAUCAUAGAGUUUCUUGCUCAAAAUGACAAAGAUGGGUGCUUAAAAAUGAUAAUUGACAAGAACAAGCUGAGACUUUAUAAUCUGAGGAACAUUCUUACUGAAGUGAUAAGAAAACGGAAGAUUUUAGAGCAUUCUGAUGAAAUUCAUGAGAAAAAUACCGAAAUGUUUGACAUGCAUGAAGAAUCUGAUGAUGAGCUAGCUGACAGGAGCAUCAGCAAGCUCACCGAUCAUCAGAAGACGAUUAAGAUUAACUUGAAAAUACAGGAUAAAAUCGAGAAGAAAUUGAAAAGAAAACAGGUUGAAGAGCUCAUGCUUGAGAAAAUUACUGUUAAUCACGAUGCCGCAAUUUAUUGGUACCGUGACGGCCGAACUAAGGUCGCCACUGAUAAUGAGUUGGCUGAGUCGCUAAAGUUACGCUCAAUUGAUUCAUUUUGGAAGCAGAUUUAUUGUAUCCAGACUAUUGUCCGAUCAAAGGUUGGUCUUGGAAAGCCAAUAUUCGUUAAAUUUGUAGCUCCUAUUGACUUGAAUAAUCCUGAAAAUAUGAUAGAAUAUGACUAUAAGAGCUUCAAAGCAGAGACAAGUAGUAGUACAGAGCACUAUUGUCUGAAACAAGUGCUCAAAAUGGCUUUUUACAUCCAAAAAAUACAUUGUUAUGAAAUAAUUGCCAUGAAAUGAGAUUUUCUAAAGGACGAGAAUGAUAAAAUCUGGUUCCAUCAUGCGGAAGACAUUAGAGCCAGAAGUAUAUCUCAUAUGUCUAAGCCGAUAUGGAUGGGAAAAGUCCAAAAGGAGGAGAUGAAAGAGGAAUUUAACUAUGAGGAUAUACUUCAAACCCAUUUUUCAAAUAUUAAUUUAAAGGAUAGCAUUCCUAAGAAGGUAGACGAGCAAGCCUUCCACAAAAUAUGCACACUUAUGGAGAAGGACUUUGAAGGAAUCAAGGAGGCCAAUGGACUUGCUGACUCAGACCUUCUCUCUGUUGACCCUCACGAGAAGAUUAACAAUGCUGCGUUUAGGGAACUCAGGCCGAAAUUUAAAUUAAAGUUAAAGGACUUUUUGACAAAGCAGAAGAAGUCUGGUGUGUUGAACAACUUCUCCGUACCACGCUCCAAGAGCCAAGGAAAGGCCAACAAGAAGCCUUUAAACUCACAGAAUUAUUUUGGCAAGGACAACGUCAUGAAACUUCAUAAAUUAUAUCAGAUGAAGAGGCUAAAAAGCUCCUUCCAGAAGUUGCCACUUGAGAAGACUAAGGAUGCCAAGACAGUUAUUCUGGACCUAAAAUCUAGCAGUUCUAAGUUGAAAAAAAAUAACGACUACCAAACUUUUGGUAGGAGAUCUUCGAAUCAGCUAUUUCAUAAGUUAGGAAAGAGUACAAGUUUCUCGAAAUCUCCCUCUCUCUCAAUGGAGAAGGCCAAGUCGAGCUUGAACAACUCUGCUAGGUACAAGAAGAUAUUGAACUCGUUGAAUGAGUCUAGUUACGGCUCCAAGGAUGAGAUACAACGCCAGAUGACUGACAAAUUUGAAAAGAGUAAAAUCAAGGAUAUGCACUCGACUAUCAACAUCAGGAUUGCCAAUAUGAACAACACUUUGUGAUCUACGGGGAGUUAUGAGAGUCACGGGUCUUCAAGGCUCCACCAGUUCUCAGACUAUAAGAAGCAAACGACUUAUAACUCGAUUAGGAAUUUGUCAUUUACGAAGAAGAUGAUCUUGCAGAAGAACAACGAUACAUUAUUAGACAGGACCACAAUAUCGCAUCCUGAGGGGAGGGGUGCUAAUAAUGACUCCUACCAAGACGUUUCUAAGAAUGAUUCCUCCAAGUCUUUCCUCAAAAGAGUUGUAAAGACCCAGCUGUCUCGAUCAAAGCCUUGGGUAUGUAAGUAUCGAGACCCUUUCAGUCAGAAUAAGAGUUCUGUGAUGGGAUAUUCAGACAAGAAGAGCAGGAGGACAAAAUGCUCUACUAAAAUCAGGACAUCUAUUUCAAUAAAAUAA